GGCGGGGGCGGGCUCUUCCCUCGAAGAUUCCAUGUGACGCUCCUCAGUAGUUCCCAGGCGGUCACAUCUGAGAGCCGGAGACUAUGAAUCAUAAGGUGAGGUUGUUCGUUCUUCUGGCCGCGGGCCUCCUCUGCCUCAGCCUCGUCUCUCGGGCUGAGGACCUGAUUGAAGACGGUCUAGGCGACGACGUAGACGUGGAGGACGAGCUGGAUCUCGGUCUGGCCGGAGACGAGGAGGAGCUGGAGGGAGACGGGCAGGACGAUGCUCCACCGGCGCCGAAAACUCCUCCUACACCCAAGGUGAUCUACAAGGCUCCUGAGCCGAUGGGGGAACAUUUCAUCGCAGAGUCUUUUGACCGCGGGACCCUAGACGGCUGGGUGAUGUCCAACGCCAAGAAGGACGACACCGAUGAAGACAUCGCAAAGUAUGACGGUAAAUGGGCGGUGGAGGAGAUGAAGGACAGCAAGCUGCCUGGAGAUAAAGGUCUGGUCCUGAAGACUCGAGCCAAACAUCACGCCAUCUCAGCCCAGCUGCUGAGACCUUUCACCUUCGACACCAAGCCGCUCAUCGUCCAGUACGAGGUGAACUUCCAGUCGGGCAUCGACUGCGGCGGCGCCUACGUGAAGCUGCUGACUCAGACUCCGGACCUCGACCUGGACCAGUUUAAGGAUAAAACUCCGUACACCAUCAUGUUCGGACCCGACAAAUGUGGAGAAGAUUACAAACUUCACUUCAUCUUCAGACACAAAAACCCCAAAACAGGAGAGUACGAAGAGAAGCACGCCAAGAAACCAGACGCUGACCUGAGGACGUACUACACAGACAAGAAGACACACCUGUACACACUGGUGUUGAACCCUGACAACAGCUUUGAGGUGCUGGUGGAUCAGACGGUGGUGAACAGCGGCAGCCUGCUGACGGACAUGACUCCCCCGGUGAACCCCCCCGCUGAGAUCGAGGACCCCGACGACCAGAAGCCGGACGACUGGGACGAGAGGCCCAAGAUCCAGGACCCCGCCGCCGCCAAGCCCGAAGACUGGGAUGAAGAUGCUCCCGCUCAGAUUCCAGAUGAAGACGCGGUGAAACCAGACGGCUGGCUGGACGACGAGCCCGAGUACAUCGGAGACCCCGACGCUGUCAAACCUGAAGACUGGGACGAGGACAUGGACGGCGAAUGGGAGGCUCCGCAGGUCCCUAACCCCGCCUGCGAGACGGCGCCCGGCUGCGGCGAAUGGAAACGGCCGAUGAUCGACAACCCCAACCACAAGGGCAAGUGGAAGCCCCCCAUGAUCGACAACCCCAACUACCAGGGCGUGUGGAAACCGAGGAAGGUCCCCAACCCAGCGUUCUUCGAGGACCUGCAGCCGUUCAGGAUGAGCGCGUUCAGCGCCGUCGGGCUCGAGCUCUGGUCCAUGACCUCCGACAUCUUCUUCGAUAACUUCUUCAUCACCGACGACCGCAACACUGCCGAGCGCUGGGCCGCCGACGGCUGGGGGCUGAAGAAGGCUGCCGAGGGCGCCGCUGACCCCGGUCUGGCCACUCAGAUGUUGAACGCUGCAGAGGAGCGCCCGUGGCUCUGGAUCGUCUACGUUCUCACCGUGGCUUUACCGCUCGUCCUCAUCAUCGUCUUCUGCUGCACCGGAAAGAGGUCUUCAGGAUCAGGUCAGGGUCAGUUGAGUCUCAACAGCUUACAGGAAGAGUUAAAGGAAGCCGGACACCCAAAACGACCCGCCGCCUCUGGCCUGAAGAAGAGCCCAGCGACGCCGGCAGCGGAGUACAAGAAGACAGACGAAGCUCAGCCGGACGUGAAGGAGGAAGACGAAGAGAAGGAAGAGGAGGAGGAGGAGGAGGAGGAGAAGGCUGAAGAGGCAAAGAGCAGCAGUCCAGCUGCAGAAGAAAAGAGUGAAGGAGAGGAAAGUGCUGCAGAGGACGAGGAAGCAGAGAAGGAGGAAGAGAACGAGGAGACGGCUGACGAUAAGUUGGAGGACGACGUUCUGCGGAGAUCUCCCAGGAACAGGGGGAACAAGGUCAGAAAGGACUGAUAUCUCUGAAUCCACAGCCCUGACCUCAACACCACCUUCCCAUCUCUCCCUCCCCCUCUCCCCUAAAAUAUCUCCCCUCUCUCCCCCUCUACUCGUCUUCUCCGAGGCGAUGAAGCCUAAAGUGGAACCCAUGGAAGCAGCGAAGCCGACAGGAAACUAAUCAAGACCUCCGAUACGGAUGCCUGCUCAUCACGAUGAUGAUGACGAUGAUGAUGAUUCCAGUAUGAACCGGACUGAGUUAGCGUGUUAGAAAGGAUAUUUGUUUUUUUGAAAGAGCUUAACUGAGAUUUAACUAAACCUUCCUGCAUCAUUCCUUUUUAAAACAACACCCGAGCAGAUAAAAAGGAGAGUUCUCUGAGCUUCUGCAGACCACAACAAUCCGGUGCAACCAAGGCAGGACACAACAGCAUAAAAUAGCAAACGCUGACCCACGGGAUCACCGCAUCCCGUCCCGUCUGCCGCACUACCACCGCCACCACCCAGCGCCAUCCUGAGCUAGCGAGCCCACGCUCUACCGACAGCCUGCUAAUAGGCUCUCAGCAACUUGCUAAUAAGUCUACGGACAGAUGGAAAUUUGGCAACACAACUCCCACUAGUUAGCCCACAAUAUGAGGUGACAAUCUUCCUGUUUGGGCUACCAACAAACUGCUAAUUAGCUCACUAUCGGGGUGCUAAUUAGGCUAAGAGAAGUCAGAAUUAUCCAAGAAAUAUUCCAGAGAAAUCUUGGGGCAAAUGUCUUGCCAAUUAGCCCACAAAUAUGCUGCUAAUUAGCUCUAGCAACUUCGGAAAUUUGGCAACUCAAAUCCCACUACUUGGCCUACAAUCUGAAGUAACCAUCUUCCUGUUUAGGCUACCAACCGUCUGCUAAUUCGCGUGCUAUCAUGGCGCUAUUUAAGCUAACGGUAGUCCGAAUUAAUCCUACAAACGUUGUGAGAAAUUGCCAGUUUAAAGAAUUGCUAAUUGGCCUACAAACAGGCUGCUAAUUAGCUCUCAACGACUUGCUAAUAAGUCUCCUUGCAGGCGGAAAUUUGGCUCCAACAAGUUAGCCCGCAAUCUGAAGUAACCAUCUUCCUGCUUCGGCUGCAAACAGUCUGCUAAUUGGGCUAACAGUAGUCCAAAUUAGCCAAUGAACAGUGAGUGAAAUAGCCAACGCUAAAAGUCUUGCCAAGUAGCUCUCAACAACUUGCUGUGUCAUGGCAGCAGUUUGGUUAUCAACUCCCACUGACUAGCCAACGAUGUUUGGGCUACAAGCAGUCUGCUUAUUAGCCUAAUUAGCCCCCUGAUAGUGAGCUAACAGUUGUCAGAAAUGAUCCCAUGAGCAGUGGGAGAAAUUGCCAAUUAGCUUAUGAACAUGCUGCUAAUUAGCUCGCUAACAUUUCCAACAACUGUCUCGUUUUCCAGGCUAGUAACUUACCUUGUAACCAACACGCAAAUCUGCCUGCUAACAGUUGAUUUAUUAUCCUCGUGGGAGACGUAUUACCCUACAAUUGAUCAGGGAAUUGACUAAUUGUACUUUUAGCCUGCUAGGUAGCUCAUGAGCAACUUGGUAGCUAUCAGGCUACUUGUAAUACAAUUUUAAGUAGCCUACUGUUUUCCCAUUUUGGACUAAUUAGCGUUAACAACGGGCUGCUAACAAGCCCACAAAUAAUGUAAUUUACUUACCAACAAUUAGCCAAUUAGCCUGCUAAGAAGAUGAUUUGCCUACUAACUGUUGGCUCGUUAGCCGUCCUAGAAUUUUUACAAAUUAGCAAUUUAGUGAUUAGCCACAGCGGGCACCCCCUGCUAAUAUUUAAACAACAACAAAAAAAAAAAAAAUGACAGCUGAUUACAUUUUCUUCCCUUUUUUUCAUGUCUCAUUUUCUUGUCGUUGAAUUGUGUUUUUGUUUUAAAGCUGUUUGCUCCAUGUUAGCUCCACGUAGCGCUCGUGUUUCCUCAGCGUUUCCUCUGCGUUUUGUUGUCCUGAUGGCAGCUGAGAGGUGGGGGAAUAAGAAGGUCAGAGGUCAGAACAACGGAGCCUGGAACAGUUGGACAGAAAGCAUUAGAGGCAGCUCUAACCGCGAAGGUCAGUGAUGCCACAUCGGUCUUCGCAGCAGACGAACUUCUGAAACGAACAACCUCCGAAAACCUCACAUCUCCAGUUGUUGUUGUUGUUGUUUAUGAAACGUCACACACUGGAAAUACGAGGUUUUCACCCUCUCGUAGUAAGUUAUUGUCCAUUUUUACUUCAACUUCUUCUGCGUUCGAGCGCUGCCUUUCCUCCUUCAUUUGUCCAAACGAACAUGACAGCAGCUCGUUGGCUCUUCCUGUCCAAUAACAAGAGUGUUUUCUGAGGUUAGCCUCUCUGGUAGGGCUGCAACUAACGCUACUGUCACAGAGGAGUGAAGAAACUCGAAAAUAGUCACAUUUAACAAGUAGAGGUGUGAAUCUUCACUGAUCUCCCGAUUCGAUUACGAUUAUCAUGUCUUCGGUUCGAUAUCAUGAUGCGUCAAAUACAGUUUUCUAUUAAAGCCAUGUAGGAUAUUUAAUCUAUCGCUUUUCAAGCUCAUGAGCCUGCCGAUUAUCGAUGCAGCAUCGUCCAUUUCCACGAUUCGAUGCAUCGAUUAUUUGAUUAAUUUCAACACCGCCUAGUAUUUUCUAUUUUAGUCUCUCCGGUAGGGCUGCAAACUAACGUUACUGUCCCAGAGGAGUGAUGAAACUAGAAAAUAUUCACAUUUAACAAGCUGAAAUCAAAAUGUUGACCUUAUUUAACAUAAAAAAAAUGACUCAAACCAAUGAAUAAUUUUCAAAAAUGGCUGCAGAUUCCUUAAAGAAGUUAUCUUUGAAGCUCUACUUUCAGACGAUACGAACCCAGCAUCUGUCUGUGUUGGUUUCUCGACAGGAUUACCUUUCGCUCGCACCGGUUCCUCUCUGGGGAUUGGAUACCUUCUAGAGCUGCCACCUCUUAGUCGAUUAGUCGACUAAUCGCUCGUUUUGGUCUCAGUCGACUAAGAUUUCUUUAGUCCAUUAGUCAUUUUUUAUGCUUAUUCAUGCUUAAUUACUCAUUUCCAAGAAACUCAUGAGCACAUUUAUGGUAAACACAAGAUUUAAAGUGGUGCUUUUGCAGGAUUAAUUGUGGAGAAACUCAGUUUUACAGAUGGUUAAUUAACUACAUUUAUAUUGUGCUUUUCUAGUCUUAACCACCUCUCAAAGCUCACAGCUCUGUCGAUUAAAUCAACUAAUCGAUUAGUCGACAAAAUCCUAGAAGUGUUAGUCGACUAAGGAGUUCUUUAGUCGAGGACAGCCCUAAUACCUUCACAUCCAAACUAAACCUCUGUAGCUUUUCUUGUUAAAGUUCAACUUGAGUGCAACGAGCCGCCGUCGUCUUCUGUUUGGAUGUUAAACUGAAGUCGUGUCAGCAGGUGGACGGACACCCAGCCCCGCUUUCAUCAACCCCAUAUGAAAAGAAAAAUACGGCACUAAGGGAAAAACUCCGGCGCUUAAAACCCUCUCACCCGUCCGCCUGCUGCACCUCGACGCCUCGGCCGGUCACCAACGCCCUCCUGCACCGAUCCUGAAUCUGUGUCGGGAGUUUAAGCCCCAUGUUUUUAAAGACAGCACUUGAGCGUGACAAAAGUUCUUUUUCUUAACUCGAAAUUACUUAGCGGUUUCUUCUCCGGAGCUUUCAACAGCAUCUCGCAAGUCUUCAUCGAGGGAGAUUGUUCCUGACGUGGUGACAACUUAACCCUUGUGUUGACUUAGGGUCAAAUGACGCGUUUUUUUGUUUUAUAUCAGAAAAUAUGGGACGUAGAAAUAAGCGCUGAAAAUGUAAAGAAGUGCAGAGAGGUUGAAAGCUCUAGGAAAAACUGGCGAGUGAAGCUCGAACUGAGACGAAACAGAAACUCGGAAGUUCAUAAAGUUUUUCAACUUAUAAAAUCAAAAUUUUCUAUUUAUGGCUGGCAUCUAUUCUGCCCGUUUAUAUAUUAGUUAGCGUUGUUUUCUGUUUAUGGCCGGCAUCUAUACUGCCCGUUUAUAUAUUAGUUAGCGUUGUAAGUUGUGCGCAAUUCGUGCCCAUACGUCUGUCAUCCUAGAGAAGCAGAAACAGCCGAUAAAGGACAUUUUUGAAGAGGAAACUAAUCACCAGUAACCACCAGGUGAUGGCUAAAAUAAAACCAGAGCUGAAAUAUGUAAGGAUAUUAACGUAAACUAGUUGUGUUGUCUGCUGCGGACCACCGAAAAACUAACAGAAUGGCUCGAAAGUUUCUGGAAAGUUAGUUUAAACCUGACCCUUCCUCUUGCUCCUCCAUCAGGACAACAAAAAAGGCUCUCUAGAAGAACACAACAAAAGGAGAAUUAUUCCCAUGUACUUUGCUUGUGAAAAAAAAAAAAUGAUCCUAACUUAUGUGUGUUUUUUUUUUUUUUUAUUCAUCAUGUAAUGCAGAAGAUUUCAUCCUGUAAAGAAGCUCCUCCGACUUUAACUUCCAUCUGACUUGAGCGAGCAUCAUUCUGUGGCGUCAGUGUACAGCUUUUGGAGAGUUCAAAUAUACAAACAAAUCUGAAAUAAAACUGGUUUUGUUAAUCUUGAAAAGUGUGUGUGGAGAAAGAAUUAACUACAUUAGUCCAGUCUUGUAUCCAUGACGUAUACGUGACUGUUGCUGUGUGUCUGUCUGUCGUCCUCUUGUAUCACACGUACCAGCAAAAACAACUAAAGGGUCUGGUUUUUUGUUGAUUUAAUUAAGGUCAGGGUUCCCGGCAAUGACGAGCAAGCUGCGUACUGAUUUAUCUAAUGGGGGUUUUGAGAGGCAGUGGCCAGGAGGGGGUGCAGGGGAAGCCAGAAUUUGAAGUCUCUCUGGCUGUCGGUGAGGUCAGGUUUUUGGGGCUUGAGUUGUACUGGAGGUCCCCGCUGCCAUAACCUUUAUUUCCCCUCAUUGAAUUUUAUUUCUUCUUUUUUUUUAGGCUAAACACAAGCCAGUUUAGCUGUAAGCUCUGCUGCUUGUAGUCUUUCUGAAAAGUGUGGGAAUAUAAAGCUUCUAUAACGUCUGGGCUUUAAGACGAUACAUUCCCAGUCGUCAUCGUCGCCCUUUCCUUCCCUUUCUUUUCUUUUUUCUUUUAGUCUCAGAUUCUUUUUGUGUCCGGCUGAAGCUGCCUAUAGCUUAACAAGCCUGUAGGCUGAACACUGUAUCUGCAGGUGAAUCUUUACAUGACUGUAACUCUGUACUUUUAAUUUUUUGUUGACAUUGUGUUUUGAACUAAACUUUAAUAAUGGUUGGUGCAGCCUGUUUCUGAUGUACACACCUAUAUGUGUGUGUGGAGAGAUGGACCUGGUGACACGCCACAUGGAAAAAAAGGUCCAACUUUGAAUAGAAAUACUGUGAUGAUGGAGCCUUGUGUGUGUGUUUGUGUGUAUGCGUGUGUAUGUGUGGACACGCUGUCAAAAUUUGUUUUGAUGAAUAAAAAAACGGCCAAAUGGAAACUUAACGAGAAGCUGA